GCAGAGAAAUCCGCAGGGCGGUAAGGAGCCAGACCCGCAGCCUCCCGCCGACAGCGCCAUGGACGGCACCGGCAACGCCACCCUGCUCUUCGACCCGUCCUCGCUGCAGCCGGACAACUACACCUUGUCGCCCAACGCCAGCAGCCUGAGCCCCGGCCCAGACGCCCCCCUGGCGCCCGCCUCCAGCGCCGGCCCCAGCCCCGGGCUCAGUGUCGCGCCGGGGCCCGGCGUCAGUUUCAGCCCCGGCCCCACUCCGACCCUGACGCCGACGGCCGGCUGCUUCGCGGGUGGCGCCGCCGGCCCGAGCCCUACCUCGUUCGCUCACCCCGAGGCCGCCCACGAGCCCCCGUUCUGGGACACGCCGCUGAACCACGGGCUGAACGUGCUUGUGGGCGCCGCCCUGUGCAUCACCAUGCUGGGCCUGGGCUGCACGGUGGACGUGAACCACUUCGGGGCGCACGUCCGUCGGCCGGUGGGCGCGCUGCUGGCCGCGCUCUGCCAGUUCGGCUUCUUGCCGCUGCUGGCCUUCCUGUUGGCGCUCACCUUCUCCUUGGACGGGUCGGCCGCCAUGGCGGUGCUCCUAUGUGGCUGCUGUCCCGGCGGGAAUCUCUCCAACCUUAUGUCCCUGCUGGUUGACGGCGACAUGAACCUCAGCAUCAUCAUGACCAUCUCUUCCACGCUCCUGGCCCUGGUCUUGAUGCCACUGUGCCUGUGGAUCUACAGCCGGCCUUGGAUCAACACUCCUCUGGUGCAGUUACUGCCCAUAGGCACAGUGAUCCUGACUCUCUGCAGCACUCUCAUCCCUAUUGGUUUGGGCGUCUUCAUUCGCUACAGAUACAACCGGGUGGCUGACUACAUUGUGAAGGUUUCCCUGUGGUCUCUGCUAAUGACGCUGGUGGUCCUUUUCAUAAUGACCUGCACUAUGUUAGGACCCAAACUGCUGGCAAGUAUUCCUGCAGCUGUUUAUGUGGUAGCGAUUUUUAUGCCUUUGGCAGGCUACGCCUCAGGCUAUGGCUUAGCUACUCUCUUCCAUCUUCCACCCAACUGCAAGAGGACUGUGUGCCUGGAAACAGGGAGCCAGAACGUGCAGCUCUGUACCGCCAUUCUAAAACUGGCCUUUCCACCGCAAAACAUAGGAAGUAUGUACAUGUUUCCCUUGCUUUAUGCCCUUUUCCAGUCUGCAGAAGCAGGGAUUUUUGUUUUAAUAUAUAAAAUGUAUGGGAGUGGAAUAUUGUACAAGCAAGAUCCUCUAGAUGAGGAUGAAGAUACAGAUAUUUCUUAUAAGAAACUAAAAGAAGAGGAAAUGGCAGACACUUCCUAUGGCACAGUGAAAGCAGAUAAUUUAAUUAUGAUGGAAACCACUCAGACUUCACUCUAAAUAUGGAGAUACACAGGAGAGUUUAUCUUGCUGAAAUAUUACUUCAUGUUUAUGGUCUGUGGUAGUGUCUAUGGUUUACAUAAAGAACAACAAUUGGUUCACAUUAUUAUACAUGUAACAAUUUUGAUCUGCCCACCAUAAGGUUGCGUUGGUAUAUUAACCAAGCGUUUUCAUAAAUUACAAAUCAAUGUCGUAAUAUAACUUGCACCUGGGACUGCUAGGGUGCCGCCUGAACAAAUGUGCUUUUUGGUUUUUCACCGUUACCGAUUUCUAUGAUUGUUUCAAAUAUGUUAACUCUUAGAAAACAGGGUCUUGGAAAUGUAGAAUUUUGAUGCACUAUCUUAUAUGAGUAAAAACACGCUAUAUUUG